AUGUGAUUAGUCUUAGUUUAAACCCUGUGCACUGAAUCCCUAAUGAGCUUUAUUCCUUGGUAACACUUCAUGUACCUUUUCUCAGGUCAUGACUUAGGGACUCCAGUAGGAGAGGGCCUUUGGGAACUGUGUGUGGGUUCCUCAGAAGUUGGUCCUAUGCCUACAAGGAGGAUUAUGGACUGAAUCUUAUGACUCAUUCAGCAUAGACUCCUGAAGGCCUUUGAUAUUAUCUUUACUUUCAAAUGUUCUGCUUAUUGUUAGGCAGCUUGUCAAACACAGUCAAUGUGCCAUAGUUUUUUAUUGGAAAAUAUGAGCAUAGUAGGUACAUGCUAGGUUAUAAGAGGUAGAAAAGUAAAGACUGUCACUUCUGAAAGCUUAGCCUCCUAAAUUUAAAGAUGAGGAAGAGAAGGAAGAAGAAAAAGAAGAGGAAGAAGAAGAGGAGAUAGAGGCAGUGACCGUAGCAACAACCAACACUGGGACUAGCUUUCCAGUUAAGGAAAAACCCCUGGAUUGGUUUCUCCCUCCAGCUCCACUGAUUUCAGAUAUUCCAGAUAUUCAAGAGUUAGAGGAAGAAAUUGAAAGUUAUAAGCUAUUAGGAGAAGGAAAGAUGCCAAGAAUGUUAACCUCAAACUUGAAGAUCAUUAAUGAAGACACAAACUGUAUUUCACCAACACAAAAAUUCUGUUUUCCCUGUAAUGUUCAUGAACAGGAUUAUCUAAAUUUAGGAGGAUCAAGUAACAAUGACAUGUCACAUGGAGCUGGGAAGCUGAUGUAUGGUUCUUCUCAGAAAUACAAAAAUCACAUGGACCCUGAGAGUCCAUCUGCAAAGAGUAAUCCUGGUGAUACAAAAUUACAUAAUGCUGCAGAAGACAGAGAAGGUGCAUCAGCACUCAAAAAAAGAUUAUCUAGAACAUGUGACAAUGUACAUGAAUGGGACUAUGCUAGUGGAAGUUUAAACCUGAAUUCUCAUAUUAGCCCAGUGAAACUUACCCAAACAAAAAUAAGCGAAGAGGAAUCAUGGAAGUGUAGCAAUAGUAAGCAGAAACUUCAGUAUUCUACAAACAAACUCAAACCAAAGGAUGCUUUUUCUGCUUCUGGAACUGGAAAAGACAUAGUCAAAGCACCGUCGUUUCCUGCUGCAUCUCAGCCUCAUGAUAUUCAAGGCAUAACCCCAAAUGGCUUAGGUUCUUUGAAGGCUGUCACAGAAAUCCCGGCAAAAUUUAGAAGUAUAUUCAAAGAAUUCCCUUACUUCAACUAUAUACAAUCUAAAGCCUUUGAUGAUCUUCUUUACACAGAUAGGAAUUUUGUGAUUUGUGCCCCUACUGGUUCUGGAAAAACUGUAGUGUUUGAGCUAGCAAUAACAAGAUUGUUAAUGGAAGUACCAUUGCCAUGGCUGAACAUGAAAAUUGUUUACAUGGCACCAAUAAAAGCCCUUUGUAGUCAGCGGUUUGAUGACUGGAAAGAAAAAUUUGGACCAAUAGGCUUGAAUUGUAAAGAACUUACUGGUGAUACAGUAAUGGAUGACCUGUUUGAGAUUCAGCAUGCAAAUAUAAUUAUGACAACUCCAGAGAAGUGGGACAGUAUGACUAGGAAGUGGAGAGACAACUCUUUCAUCCAACUGGUUCGACUGUUUCUCAUUGAUGAGGUGCAUGUUAUUAAAGAUGAAAACCGUGGUCCGACUCUUGAGGCUGUAGUUAGCAGAAUGAAGACUGUGCAGUCUUUAUCUAGGGCCUUAGACAGUGCCAGCCCUGCUCCAGUGAGAUUCGUAGCUGUGUCUGCAACAAUCCCCAAUGCUGAGGACAUCGCAGAAUGGCUUUCAGAUGGUGAGAGACCUGCUGUAUGUCUGAAAAUGGAUGAGAGCCAUAGACCUGUGAAACUUCAGAAAGUGGUCCUGGGUUUUCCCUGUAGUAGUAACCAAACUGAAUUUAAGUUUGAUUUGGCCCUCAACUAUAAAGUGUACAGUGUUAUACGAACAUACUCCAAUCAGAAGCCCACACUUGUGUUUUGUGCAACAAGGAAAGGAGUGCAGCAGGCUGCUUCUGUUCUUGUGAAGGAUGCUAAGUUUAUCAUCACCAUGGAACAGAAACUACGGUUGCAGAAGUCUGCAUAUUCUAUAAGGGAUUCAAAGCUAAAAGAUACCUUGGUAUAUGGCGUUGGUUACCAUCAUGCUGGGCUGGAGCUGUCAGAUAGAAAGCUGGUUGAAGGGUUGUUUACCUCUGGAGAUCUACCAGUUCUUUUUACUACCAGUACUCUAGCUAUGGGAGUGAACUUGCCAGCUCACCUGGUCGUUGUAAAGUCUACCAUGCACUACACUGGAGGUGUGUUUGAAGAGUACAGCGAGACCGACAUCCUGCAGAUGAUUGGGAGAGCUGGCAGACCCCAGUUUGACACCACAGCUACUGUAGUUAUUAUGACUCGAUUAAGUACUAAAGAGAAGUACGUUCAGAUGCUAGCUUGUAAUGACACUGUGGAAAGCAGUUUGCACAGACAUCUUAUUGAACAUUUAAAUGCAGAAAUAGUGCUGCACACCAUCACAGACGUGAACGUUGCUCUGGACUGGAUCCGAUCAACACUGCUGUAUAUCAGAGCUCUGAAAAACCCAUCUCACUAUGGUUUUGUAUCUGGAUUGAACAGAGAUGGAAUUGAAGCAAAAUUACAAGAAUUAUGUUUGAAGAAUCUGAAAGAUUUAUCAUCUCUAGACCUGAUAAAGAUGGAUGAAGAUGUUAAUUUCAAACCAACAGAGGCAGGAAGACUAAUGGCUUGGUAUUAUAUUACAUUUGAGACAGUCAAGAAAUUUUGUGCAAUCAGUGGAAAAGAAACUUUAUCAGAUUUAAUUUCAAUGAUAUCCAGCUGCAAUGAGUUUCUAGAUGUUCAGCUGAGGAUAAGUGAAAAGAGAACAUUAAAUACCUUAAACAAAGACCCAAACCGGAUAACUAUCAGAUUUCCAAUGGCAGGGAGAAUUAAAACAAGAGAAAUGAAAGUAAACUGUCUUAUCCAGGCUCAGCUAGGAUGCAUUCCUAUACAAGAUUUUUCUUUGACACAAGAUACCUCGAAGAUUUUCAGAAGUGGCUCACGAAUUGCAAGAUGGUUGUCAGAUUUUGUGGCUGCUCAAGAAAAGAAGUUUGCUGUGCUUUUAAACAGUGUGAUUUUAGCUAAAUGUUUUAAGUGUAAACUCUGGGAAAACUCUGAACAUGUAUCUAAACAGCUGGAUAAAAUUGGCAUAUCAUUGUCAAAUACCAUGGUAAAUGCAGGCUUGACUUCUUUUAAAAAAAUAGAAGAAGCAAAUGCAAGAGAACUUGAGCUGAUUUUAAAUAGACACCCGCCAUUCGGGACGCAGAUAAAAGAAGCUGUGGCAUAUCUGCCUAAGUAUGAGCUUGAGGUAGAGCAGAUUGCAAGAUACAGUGAUACCAAGGCAGAAAUACUGGUUACCAUUAUAUUAAGAAACUUUGAGCAGCUGCAAACUAAAAGAACAGCACCAGACUUUCACUAUGCCUCCUUAAUCAUAGGUGAUGCAGAUAACCACAUCGUUUUUAAGCACAAAAUUAUGGAUUCUGUCUUGUUAAAAAGUGGAAAUUGGGUUAAAAAAAUUGAUGUGAAGAGAGCUCUUACAUCAGAAGAUCUCAGCAUUAAUCUAAUUAGUUCUGAUUAUGUUGGUCUUGAUAUUCACCAGAAAUUUACAGUCUUUUAUUUAGGACCCAGGAAGUUUACAAAUCAAACAGCUAUGGAAAGGAGCUCAGAAGCAGGUAUUUCUCAUUCUGAAUCCUCAGAUAGAGCUACUGCAGCAGGACCCAGUAAAGGAAUGGCUACCUGGGAAAAAACUGGGAACCGAGAAUGCCAUCAUCAUUGUAAAAAUAAACAUUCUUGUGGACAUGACUGCUGUAAGAUUGGAGUUGCACAAAAGCCAGAGGUUAAAGAGUCAGCAGUGUCUUCUUAUCUGUCUGACUUAAAAAGCAGAGAUGCUGUUUCCUCUCUUCCCCUAGCAAAGCGACUCAAGAUACAAAUGAACAAGUCUCAAAAUGUGGAUCUUAGAGAGUUUGGUUUUACUCCAAGGCCUUCCCUUUCCAGUGUAUCAAGGUCAGAAUAUUUAAACAUCCCUGAAUUACCAAUAUUAGAACAGAAGAAUCAGCAUGAAAUCUAUGGAAACGUUCAACAGGGACCAUCUGAAUAUCGUGACAAAGCUUUUCCUGGAUGGAACUAUUGUACAACUUCAAGUGAAAAGCCCCCUCAAACAGUGAUGUUCAGCAGAUAUGCUAGUACACCUGGGAACCACAGAGUUGCAAAUGCAGAUAAAAGCAAGUCUUCAGAAAUUUCGGAUGUGGACUUAGAGCUGGGAAAUGAUGUCUGGGACGACUUUGAUGACGAAAGCUUAAUAGAAGUUAUGAGCUUUUCAGCUGAUGCUGAGAAGAUGGCUGUGUCAGGAUUUGGAGACACUCAUGAUUCAAGUCUUGGCAGAAGUAAGCUACCCUUCCAAAAGUCAAGCAACUUCCAAAGAAACAACUCAAACAGCUUUGUUUUAUCACCUGAGAAGCCAGAUGUCUAUUUACCAGAUUGCCCCAUGUCCAACUUUGGGCCGUCCUGUGCUGCAGAGUUCCCUCAACAAGCUGGGAAUGCAAGUCUUGUCAGUUUCCAAGAGAGCAGACAGCCAACUCUCUCACCAGUGAUUGAGAGGGUGAGCUUUACCCACGCUAAGGAAAUACCACACUCUCCCAAUUUUAAGGAAGUGGAUAUUUUUAUUGGCAACGGUGGCUCUAAAAAGGAAAUUGAUCUUAGUAAGUAUUAUCCUGUUGAUGCAGCUGAAGAAAUGAAGGCCCUUCUGGGAAUAUUUAAUGGCAUUUUCUAAGGAAAAAAUAUAGUUAAUAAGGCAAAGUAUAAAUAUGUGUAAUGACUAAAAAUGCUUUUUAUUUUUAAAGAUAAUUGAUAAUUGUUCAAAGUUUUUCUCUUAAGUUUGAUUCAUUCCUUGACUUUCUUAUAACAAAAUAUAUGGACUGAUAUAUUUUUAUUUUUAUUGUAAUUUCUGUAAGAAUGGUUUUGUCUCAGUAAACUGAUAAUUAAAUUAUCAUCAUAAAUAAUUUGUUAUUAAACCAACUUUUAAUAGAAACUUAUAUUUCAUUGUUAUAUUUUCUUAAGAAACUUAUCUGAGAAAGUAAAAUAACACUGUCAGUGAGCAUGUGUAUCUGUUAGCAUGGUUCUUAUGUGUCCUGUCAGUGAGCAUGUGUACAUAGUGCAUCUGUUAGUAUAUUCUUGUGUGCUCUGUUCUGUUGCUCACUCUUCUGGGUUUUUAAGAAUCAAGUAGCCUUUGAAUCUGUUCUUUCAUUUUGAGCAGUAAUAAAUGAAAUGCUAAUUAGUG